AUGUUGACUGCACUGGUUUUGUUGUGUCUAGGAGCCUUUCUUCUGUACUUGCAAGUGAGAAUUCGGCGACCCAAAGACUUUCCUCCUGGACCUGCACCUGUUCCAUUUUUUGGUAAUUUGCUACAACUGAACCGCAUAAACCCAAUAAAAGACUUAGACAAGUUUGCUCAGCACUAUGGAUCAAUCUACGGGAUAUACAUUGGUUCAAAGCCAGCAGUGGUGUUAACAGGACAGAAAAUGAUCAAGGAGGCACUGAUCACACAAGCGGCUGAGUUUGCUGGCAGACCAAACCAUAUGAUGAUCAGUCAUAUAACAAGGAGCAAAGGGGUGAUCAUGGCAGAUUAUGGAGAAAGUUGGCGUGAACAUCGUCGCUUUGCUCUGACCACACUGAGGAACUUCGGUCUUGGAAAGAAAAGUAUGGAGCAGAGGAUUCUGGAAGAGGUCAAACAUAUCUGUUUAAUACUGGAGGAAUCUGCUGGAAAGUCAAUUGACCCUCAACAUCUGUAUCACCAAGCUGCCUCUAACAUCAUUGCCUCAGUCAUUUUUGGGUCACGAUUUAAUUACAAGGAUGAAUAUUUUCAGACAUUGAUACAAACCAUGGAAAAACUUACUAAAAUUGCCAUUGGAACAUGGGCAAUGCUCUAUGAAAUAGCACCAGUGUUGAGGAUUUUCCCACUGCCAUUCUGGAAAGCUUUUCACUAUUUUGAGAAAAUCACAAGACAUAGUCUUAAAGUUGUGGAGGAACACAAGAAGUCAUUUGUUGCUGGAGAGCCCAAAGACUUGAUUGAUUGUUAUUUGGAGGAGAUGAAGAAGAGAGCAGAUCAACGCACCACAUUUGAUGAGGCCCAAAUGGUCACUUUGCUGUUUGACCUGUUUUUGGCUGGAACUGAAACAACCUCUAACACACUCCGCACUUUAACCUAUUUGAUGACUCAUACUCAUAUACAAGAGCAAUGUCAGCGGGAGAUCGAUGAAGUCCUUGGUGCUCGUGAUCAUGUCACAUAUGAGGACAGAAACGACAUGCAUUUUGUUCAAGCAGUGAUUCAUGAGGGUCAGCGUGUUGCUGAUAUUGUUCCUCUCAAUGUUUUUCACACUGCCAGAACAGACACUCAACUCCGAGGCUACAGCAUCCCAAAGGGGACAAUUAUCAUCCCGUAUCUGUCAUCUUCUCUUAGAGAAGAAAGUCAGUGGAAGUUUCCACAUGAGUUCAACCCUCAAAACUUCUUGAAUGAAAAAGGAGAAUUUGUGAAGAAUGAUGCAUUCAUGCCUUUCUCUGCAGGUCCUCGUGUGUGCUUAGGAGAAAAUCUAGCCCGCAUGGAGCUCUUCCUCAUUCUGGUCACUGUGCUGCGGAAAUUUCGUCUGGUCUGGCCGAAGGAUGCAGGAGAACCGGACUUCACAUAUAUAUAUGGAGGGACUCAGUCAUUGAAACCUUACCCUAUGAUUGUAGAGCUGCGGACGCCUGGAGAGACCCAUGAAUAUGCUAACUGAACAUAUUUGUGUCACACUGUAAACUAUCACGAAGUCGCAUUUAAAGUACUAUAUUUAGUUAAUAACGCACAAAACAUUUUGGUUAUAACGCACAAUACACUAAAAAUGUGCAAGACUAUAACACGUAAACUCUGUAUGAUAACUUGUACUGACAAUAAAAAUACAUUUGUUUAUGUUGUUAAA